AUGUUGAACUUCUGGCUUUCGGUCUGUUCCUAUCAGCUUACGGACGGCAACCUCUACUGGCCUGAGAAGGCGGCGCAAUUGUUUCGCUACGUUUCCGAUCGCACAGGCAUCAUAUCACUUGCCAACUUCCCUCUGGUGUGGCUAUUUGGUAUGCGCAACGAUGCAAUGAUGUGGAUGACCGGGUGGGGCUUCGGUACGUACAAUGCCUUCCAUCGCUGGGUUGCAAGAGUAGCGACAGUACAGGCCGUUGUCCACAGUCUUGGUUAUACAUACAUGAUUCUGAAGGAUAGCGGGUGGUCUGGAUUUCUUGAGUACUGGGAGAGACACUACUUCUGGAACGGCGAGCUAUCGACAGUUGCCAUGUGUGCACUGUUGCUGUUCUCUUUGUACGGCAUUCGGCGAUCUCAUUACGAGAUUUUCCUCGUGACACACAUUGUCCUCUCUAUCGUCGCACUUUGGACAAUGUAUUACCAUGUCGAAAUUUUCACGAAAGGCGAUUACAAUGUGUUCAUAUGGCCUUGCCUCGCCAUCUGGAUUUUGGACCGCGUAUUCCGCGCUGGAAGGAUCAUUGCUUUCAACCGCCACUUCUGGAACACGCAAGCGACCGUGAGCUACGAUCCGGCUUCCAAUAUAGUACGCAUGGAUGUCGAUGGCAGCAAGAACUUUUUGGCGCCUCAGCCAGGGACAUACUACUACGUUCACGUCCUGAACGAUAUACUUUACGCGCAUCAGAAUCACCCUUUCACCCUUGCCUAUACAUCUUCCGAAAUCGUACACCCUUGCCCCACACCAUCUUCGCCCCUCUCUUCUCGACCUUCGCACCAUCGGACCUUCUCGGAAGAAUCAACGGAAUCCGAUUCGCUCCUUGUACCGAACACAAAGAAAUCUCCAUCGAAUCUCGUCUUCCUCAUCCGCCCAUAUGACGGCUUCACUUCCCGUCUCAAAUCACAUUGCCUGCUGCACCCCAAGAAACUUCGAGUGCUCAUAGAAGGUCCAUACGGCCAUUCAGAACCACUUUACCACUCCCCAAAUGUGCUCUUCAUUGUCGGCGGCACUGGAAUCGCCGUGCCUCUCUCCCACAUCUCACGCCUGCUUUCUUCCAUAUCCCGAACACAAUGCAUCAAAAUCGUUUGGGCGGUGCGCGAACAUGCCUUCUUAGCCUCUGUUCUCCGCGACUUCUCUGGCCUGCUCGGCGACGAACGAGUGUACAUGGAAGUACAUAUCACGCAAGAUGAAGAGGUGGAGAGCGAAGUACUAGGUGAAGAUAUCAAAAGCGUGAGGAUCGUGACUCAACGGCCAGACGUAUUUGGCACAGUAAAUCAAGCCGCAGAAGACGCUGGACAAAGUGGACUCACUAUCGUCACAUGCGGGCCGGCGAGUAUGGCAGAUCAAGCGCGGAAAGCGAGCGUCGAGAUGCUUGCGAGAGGCCAUAGGGGUGUGGAGUAUCUUGAAGAGAGUUUCAAGUGGUGA